AGUAACGUUCCCGAUCUUGUUGCGUCCCGUCCCGCCCGAGCUCUCUUCUCUCGGGUCAUGGCGGGAAGCCUGCGGCAGUUCGCGUUCGUGGGUACCGCGGUUGCCGUCACCGGUGGGGUCGCCUACGCUCUUUGGCGCAAUUACUUAUCCUCUCAAGAGCCUCCGGGACCCGAAGAUCAGCAGGCUCGGCUCCGGCUCGGUGUGCAAGGAAGAGGCACAGGCCCGCCGGCGGGACAGGAUAAACCAUCCAACAAGCAAAUCUUGGUUCUAGGCUUAGAUGGGGCUGGAAAAACCAGUGUUCUCUAUUCACUAGCAACUAACCAAGUAAAGCGCAACACAGUUCCCACCAAAGGUUUCAAUGCAGUGUGUAUCAACACAGAAGAAACAAAGAUGGAAUUCCUAGAAAUUGGGGGCAGUGAGUCUUUAAGAGAGUAUUGGAAGAUGUAUAUGCCGAGAAUCCUGCUGCUGAUCUAUGUUGUAGACUCAGCAGAUCAUGAACGCUUCCCAGUUGCAAAAACACUGCUUCAUCAGCUGGUCCAUAAUAACUCUACAUUGCCAGUAAUGAUUCUAGCCAAUAAGCAGGAUCUUGAAGGCGCACAUUGUAUCACAGACAUUCAUGACGCUUUGGCUUUAUCUGAAAUUGGAGACGAAAGGAAGAUAUUUCUGAUUGGUACACAUGUGGCAAAGGAAGGCUUAGAGAUCUCUUCCGGCUUGAAAGAUACCCGGGAACUGAUUGCACAGCUGAUGUCAGAAACUCUGUGAUAAUGAGGUGGAAUGGAACGUCACAAUAGGACAUGCAGUAGCAACUAUGAAUAGCGUCUCUUCAGAUCUUGGUGGCACCAAACCCUAGAUAUAGAAUUGCUAUGAAAACGGUUUUGAAAUGGAAAGAAAUGAUUUUUUUUUGUUUAGAAGUGCUUUAGAAAAAAGAAGGCCAGUACGCUCCUGAGAGUCCAACAUUUCUACAUAUAAUAUGUAUUUUUCUGAAACCUAUUUCUUUUUCUAGAAGGUUGUUCCAUGUUUAAUCACUCCUUCAAUUUAAAUGCAUAUUUCUGUGCCAGCUUUCCUUUUUUU